AUGCGCCUCAAUCGCACUCCAGAUCCUACAGCCUACACGCCCGGGACCCAGCCGUGUGGUCUGGACGUCCAGCAGGAGACUGUGGAGAGCAAGUCACCAUAUCCACAUUAG